GGUACAUUGAAAAAAAUUGAGGAAAUUAAGUGUUUGGCCGUUCAAUGUAAGGAGAUAGGAGGCACAUGUACCUAGGUCUUGUACCUAUGACGGCGUCAAAUGAUGACUUCCAGGGCUACUAGCGCUAACCUUAUAGCGGAUAAAACGCCUGCAACCGUUAGAAAUACAUACCCGCAUCAGCUAAUCGGUCAACGGAUUGAGCGGGUUUGAGCCAUUUCAAACGUAGGUACAACGCCAUUAACUCUAUCUUUCUCACCCAUCCAGGUCCUCUUCUCCAAAAAAGCAAACCAUCGCAUGUCCCUAUACCAAUUCAUUCCCUUCAGUAUAACAUUCGACAGAUUGUUAUAAUAACAACCCAUACCCCCAUUGGUUUUUUUACCUAUUCGCCAUGAAGCCUUCGCUGAUGGGCUUCACGAGCAAUGUCCUUCUCCAGUAGACUAUGAUCUUCAAGAAGUCAACUGUCGCGCUUUGCUCCAGCUCUAACCUAGCUGCUUUUCUUUCUUCACCAAACGCCUGUUACUCUACGUCAUCAUGUAAUCCUAACAAAAAAGGGCCACAAUGUCGAGAGAGCAUUCGCAUCUCCUCCCAGCAGCGAUGCUAUGCUACCGUUUCGGAUGACUCGAAGAAGUCAACCGACUCUUCUAAAGAACAUGCUUGGCCUUCCUCGCAACAUCCCACACCCUACGAGAUAUUCAACCAACGAAGGAGCGCACCUUAUAGUAAGGCUAAAUUCUACGAACUCGUAAAGAUCUAUCACCCAGAUCGACACCAUCACACACCCGGUCACCUGUUGUCGCAUACAGCUAGGCUCGAACGAUAUCGCCUUAUUGUCGCCGCGAACGAAAUCCUUAGUGACCCAACAAAGCGCCGGGCCUAUGAUUUAUAUGGAGCAGGGUGGGGAGCAACACGAAGCAUGGAAAACCUCUAUCGGACCGCCGACAGGUCCUGGAGGGACGUCCCGGGAAAUCCGAGCAUGAACGCCACCUGGGAAGACUGGGAACGCUGGUACGAUGAAAGGGACGGUACCAAGAAAGAAAACCAAAGGCCGGUGUUCAUGUCGAAUCAACUAUUCGCCAGUGUAUUGUGCGUAUUCGUAGUCAUUGGUAGUUUUGGCCAGGCAAGGCGAGCAACCUCGACUACGACAAAUCUCGUGGAAAUGAGGGAUGAACAUAGUAUGGCUAUUAGUGAGGGCAUGAGGAAGCGGCAAAACGAGAAAGCAUUCCUCAAUAGACAUGAGAGGGUCGAAAACUUCCUGCGACAAAGGGAUGGUUGGGCUUUCGCAUCAUCACCGAAUCACCACGCCGAAGCCAAUGCUAAUGAAAAAUAGAGUCAUGCUCUAUCUUGAUUAUUCAUGUUGUGUAAAUUUACGAUAUAGGUAAUCAAGAGGGCAAUCAUAUACACUGUCUAUAUGUCUAUUUAUCAGAAUAGAGUUAGAUAAUCUUUUAAUUAUUCCGUAAAGAAUUGUAUAGUCUCGAGGUUAGGUCAUCGGUAUAGUCAACAUUAAAGAAUUACACAGUAAACACAAUUGAGUCAAGGG